UGUAAACUCAAUCCAUCUCUUCUUGGUGAAUUCUAGAGAGAUACUCUGAAGAAAUUUAGGAGAGGGAGGGUGUUUGUUUAUAAGUUUGAUAACUGACAUUGAUUGUGAUUAUCUAGCAUUGAUUAGUGUAACGAUGGAGGAUCACGGAGUCAUUGAUAUUGAUGACCAGGAUGAAGAAGAAUUCGAAUAUGAAGAAGAAGAAGAGGAAGGGGAAGAAGAAGAGGAAGAAAGUGAAGACGACGAUGAUGCUUACCAGGAGGACGAGUUGAUUCCGGCGGUGGUGGCGUCGCCUAGGGUUUCAAAUCUGGUUUCAAGGUCUGGCAAUUCGCAGGAAGCGGUGGUCUUCCAUGAGGAUUUGGUGGAUAACCCCACUGAUGUGAAGUCGUGCAAAACGAAAUUGGCUAGCCAAGAGAACGGCGGGGAUGGUGGCUAUGGGGAGGAGGAGUUUGAUGGAGGGGAGAUUGAGGGUUUAUUUUGUCCUAUUUGCAUGGAUGCUUGGACCAGCGGUGGGACACAUCAAAUCUGCUGUCUUCCUUGUGGGCAUAUAUAUGGCUUGUCAUGUAUAAAGAAGUGGCUUCGACAACGUCGAAGCUCGGGGAAGUGUCCUCAAUGCAAUAGAAUAUGUACAUUGAAGGAUGUUAGAGUGCUCUAUGCAGCAAGGCUUUGUGUUGCUGAUGCAGAAUUACAAAAGCAAGUGCGGUCACUCGAAGCUAAAUGUGCUUCUCUUGAGCAGAAGAAUUCUGAGUGCUGCAAGAGAGAAGUUAAAGCCCAGGAAAGAGAAGCUGAUUUGCAUCUUAAAGUGCAGAAGCUAACGGAGAAAACAAAAUAUUUGGAGAGGUUGCUAGAAUACAGACAAAGAGAGUCAUCGGCUUCAUCCACCAGUAAUCAGGGCUAUCAAAGAAGAGUGAUAAAUGGACACAGCAUAGACUCUGGGUCUGGAAGCCAAGCUUGUUCAGGGAUAUUUACGCUACAGGGAGAGUUCCAGGUAGAUGGAGGUCGAUAUUUUGACAUGGAUGCUUCUGGUCAGUGUAUGAUUGUAGCUCGAAGACUAAAUGGGAUGGGAGGAACAAAUUUACUCACAAAAAUAAGUUUGGUAGCUCCAAGUGACAGAGAAGAUAUUCAACUUCCUGCAAAUUCAAAAGCUGUUAGGGCUGUUUGUGUUAGACCUUGUAGCAGGCUUGCACUGCUUGCUUGCUUGGGGAAGAAGUUGUCAGUUGUCAGUACAGAAAGCAACAACACCAUUCUUACCUAUGAUUUGCCGGCUCCUGCUUGGUCAUGUUCAUGGGAUAUUGACAGUUCACAUUAUGUUUACACAGGAUUACAGAAUGGCAUGGUUUUGGCUUUUGAUAUGCGUCAAACUCGAACACCCCUGGAAUCCAGGUCUGGGUUGUCCUGCAACCCAGUUCACACUGUGAUAUCUGUUUCACCUGAUUCAUUGCUUUCCUCUGGUACAAGAACCCUUCUGACUGCCUCUCAAAUUGGCAUGUGUGAGUGGAACAUCGGCACCAGUGAAGAAAGACCCUAUUUGAUUCCUGAAUCGGAGAAACAAGGCGUUUGUAUAUCUCUUGCACACUCUGGCAGUGAUGACAUUGUUGCUUCAUUCCGUCCAAAGAUCGAAAUGUCAGCUGACAUGGCUGUCUCUCCUACUCCUUCCAUAUCUUCUAUGGGAGUCGAGGGUUGUCAUAUAUUCUACAAGAGGAGUGGGAGCCGAUGUUAUCAGAAAACAGGCUCGUUGCAGGCCCAAGUGGAUAGCAUACGUCUGCCAAAAUCUAGCAUCAUUAACAAACAAAACCCCAUGUUUGUUUCUGCGAAUGAGGUAACGUCUGACUUGAUCUUGCAUGACGUAUCCAACCUAACUGUGGUCCAGCGGCUUAAAACUUCAAAGAGCCAGCAUAUAUGGGAUGUCAAGUGCACAGGGAUUCGGAAUUCUUGUGUACUGGGCUGUUUAAGCGGGGACAUCGUGCAGCUUUUUACUUGAUCCUAAGGUAAAUCGGGAUUAACAAGGCAAGGGUUAGGCUGGUAAAUAGAAGAAUAUAUGAAUGCAUGAUCUAAAUUAGUUAGUUGGUUGUACUUAAGCAAUAAGGUCUUGUAUUACUUUUACCAAAUUUUGUGGUGGUGGUAACAUUAUGUUUUUUAGUACUACUCUAAUUUAACCCAACUUCUCAUU